AAUUAUUUGAAAAUGUAGACAUCUGGUCCGACCGGGUUCAAGCUGAUGUCGGAACAGGAUUGGUCUCAGCCAACGAGAAAAGGAUUAUAUACAGCAUACGCAUUCACACAGACACAUGCGCCCAGUUGCCCCAGCAGACAGGCAACCAUGUUGUUCUUCCUUCUCCCUCACCUUAAUUUCCCUUUGCCUUCACUCAAAGAACAUCACUCACAUAUAAGUCACUAAGCCCUCUCCUCUGACCGAUUCAUCUCCCCAGCACCACCAGCAGAUCCCAAAAGGAGAAAAAAGAGCAAUGUCUUCCCAGUUGCAGCAGCCUAAUGUUCCGCAGCAGCCCGGGAUGAUGUCCCCGAACACAAUCCCAGGGCAGCCUCAGCCUACGUACCACUCCCACUCGAAUGGCUCAUUCGGGACAGUCUUCAUAGUCCUCGCCGUCAUUGUUGUCAUCUCUGCCAUCGCCUGCUGCCUCGGGCGGUUUUGUAACCGGCGUGCCCAGGCAUACACCGGGCCAAAGCAGCCCAAGCAGGCCCGGUCCAAGGCCAAUCAUGGUCAUCCCCCUAAGGAUCAUGAUGUCGAGUUUGGGUUCGACAAGAAAAUGGGCCACGAUAACCCGAAGCUGGGCAAGCAGAGCAGCCGUGUGGGGCAGGGCCCUCCCGAUAAGGAGAGCGAGAUCGAGUUCUCAUUCGAUAGGAAGAUGAGGGCUCCUAGAUCGGGCUAUAAACCAUCCAUGGAAGGCGGGUACGGGAGAGGACCUACUAAUCCCACUGAUGAUGUUUGAGCUCAGAAAGGAGCUGCUGUUAUAUAGAAUCAUUUCCCUGAUGGUCAUAGGAUUAGCUCUCUUUUUUUUUAAUUGUCCUUCGUCUAUUCUAAUAUCCCUCUAGCAUCCUGCUCGACCUGUAAGCUGAUCAUGUAUGUCUUAAUCCGCAUCGGUAUUAUGUGUUACGAGAAAUUCAGGGAAACAAGACAGAUAGCCAAGUUAUUCCUCCACA